UUAAUUAAGUCAAGAAUCUUGGAUACGAUAUAUAGCUGACGGAUAUAUAAACAUCCUCGCCAAUAUUUGUGCGGUUUUUCAUACGCGGAGAGCUUUUAUAGAGACGCCAUGUUGGAGCCCUUCGAAGGGGCACCAAUACGGCAGGCGUAAACAUGGUAAAGUAACAGAAAGUUACGUCUGUCACUGAAUUUUGCUAUUAAAACGAAAGGCUAGUUAUUAAUCUACUGCUCUGACACAUUCAAAUCAAUCAUCUAAUGCAAAAACUGUUCAUUUAGACUAGCUUUACACUAGAGGAGAUUUUUCCGUAUUCGUAAAUGUUUCCGGAUUCAUCAAUUUUUCGUAGGCGUUUACACUACAAUGGUAUUCCGGCGUACAACUCCGGGAACAUUCAUAUGAAAUGGUCACCAAGCUGUUUGUUGGCUCGACAACGACAAACAAAAUGCCACCAAAAAAGAAGGCUAAGGGUUGCGCGGGACAGGCUGAGGUUUUCUAUCCACUCGCUGACCACUCCACUGUUGGCCAUCAUGUUGUCCCACCAAGCAUUUGUUCUGACCGGUCUUAUCCAAAACCGUCGAGGUCUUCGAUCGCGUCAACGUCGUUCCCUCCGAUAAAGUGUGGAGGACGUCAACAUUGUUUGCAUCAAUAAUUUUCGUUUUCUGAGGAAUAUGGCAUUACCCAUUAUAAAAUUGAUUGCUUACAACUGUAACAGCAUGAGGCAACCAGCGACCGUCAUUGCUACCGGAAAAAAAUAUCAAGAUUCGAAAGAAAAUCGUUCACACGACAAAAUCUCCGGAUUCAAAAGUUUUCGGAUUCAACGUUCCCACUUUAAGUUCUCCGAAGGCACGACGAAAACGUAUUGCGCAGCUUUCUGCGCAUCCCUAGCCCUACUUGCGGGGAAAGAACGGCGGACUGCUAAUAAGGCAAGCAUAAAUUUUUUUGGCAUUUCACUGUUAGGAAAACAAGACUCCCCCAGCCUACUCAGAGGCUCUCUUGGGUUACUUGUAUGGAUGCAAUAUGUACGUGUGUAAAGAGGUUUUGUGGAAAAAUGUGUCUUCCCACCGAAAUUUCUUGUAUACCGUGGGGAAUUAAAGGGUUCGGAAACCUUCCGAAAGAAAUUGAUUCUCCAGGAAAACAAUACACCAGUAUUCUAUUAGUGACGUUAAAAUGUUGCUUCUUACCGGGAAACUUGUGAAAGCAUAUAAAGUUCGUAACUUUUUUUGUUUACACGAUCGACGAAAUUCCCGCUAUUUUUUCAAACUUGAAGUCUGGCGCACACCCAAUACUUGCGCAUGCUUAUUGCGUUUUUCUGCUCUGAACUCUGCGCUAAAUCGUAACAUUACUGUAGGGUCGAUGAUGAAGCUGUGCUUUUCAGACGAUAGAGACGAUACCAUAAAGAUCAUACUAUGUAACGUCAUUUCGUUUGACCAAAUAGUUAACAGAACCCUCGCUUAUGGCUCGGUCUUUCUCUUAGUCCAGUCCCUGAACUCGCCUUUCUUCCCGCCCCAUACAGGGACUGAACCCGGGCGGGCGAAAGGAGAGACUCUCUUUUCGCCCGCCCUGGUUCAGCCCCUAUAUGGGGCGGGAAGAAAGGAGAGUUCAGGGACUGGACUAUCUCUCUCUCUGAACAAGAGAAAAGGAGGAGACAGCCAUCUCGAGGCUUUGAUCUUUAUGGUCCCUUCGGAAACCGUGUUUCUAGAGUUAAGCCUCCUAUUUCAAAAAACACCGUUAGAGAACGUUACAAUAGUUGUUUGAAACUAAGGGUGCAGCCACUUAAACUGAAGAAAGGCCUUCUUUACAUAAGAGCUUUCUCUUUUCAUAUUCGAAGUAUAGCAAUAAAUCAACAGCCCUUAGAAUUAAUGCACGGCUUAUUUCUUUCUUUACAUAUGAUUAAUCAAUAGCAGAUUUCCCACAUGGCUAGUGCAUCACCAACAGCUUCAUCCAAUAAGGAGACCACUAACUAUGCACGCUUGUGUCGUCUCCUGGUUGAUGUUGGUACCCAGGCCCUUAGGGACACACUUGAUGCCAUUCACGCACCAGCAAAUCUUCACGCAGUUUUGGCGGCAAAUAAACCCACUUUACAAGGUCUCAGAUCAAGAAAAAUUAUCAAUUCGACGCAAUGGGGCAGGCUCUUUCCAGUCAUUCCUUCUUCAGUGUCUUCGAAAACCUUUGACACUACUCUUUUGAUGGUUCUCUUAAGAAAUGUGUGCGGCUUGCCUUCUCCAAUGACCGGGUGGGACACACUUCCCGCUGCAACGGACAUGACUCGUGAAGCAGAUAUUGCUCGUAUUAAGUACUUGAGAAACACCGUGUACGCCCAUGCCGAACAAGCUUCGGUUGAUGACACAACGUUCAACGCGUACUGGCAAGACAUUCGGGACAUUCUGGUGAGAUUGGGAGGGGUUAGGUACAGGGCAGCUAUCGACAAUCUGCAAACUGAGUGCAUGGACCCUGAAACUGAAGAUCACUACAAGCUACUUCUCAGUGAAUGGAAAAAGGACGAGGAAAACAUUAAAGAUGAGCUAAAAGAGAUCGGAACCAAGAUGACAGAUGUCAUGAAAAAACUGGAUGAUUUAACAGCAGCAACUGUGACUAACAGAAAGGAAUCAAGCGAUGAAGGUACACGUUUGAAUCUGGAAAAAUUGGUGGAGAUCUCUGUCAUGUGUAGAGAGAAACAUCACGAGAAUGAACCUCUCAAUUACUAUUGCCAAAACUGCAAGGCUUGCAUUUGCGACACGUGUGGACAAACACGCCAUGCAAAUCACACCAAGGUGGAUAUCAAGAAAGCCGCCGAAGAACAAAAACUAAAAUUAGAAAAGCUUGUGCAGGAAAUGAAACUAGAGAUUGGUGAGCAUAUGAUUCAAAUGGAGAAAACAACAGAAAUGUUGAGGAAAAACGGAGAGAAAAUUACUGCCGCUCGUAACAAGGUGCUCACCACUGUUGAAGAGCUUAUUCGAGUGUUAAAGGAGCACGAGAUCACCGUGGCGACCAAGUUAGAUCUUAUUAAAAACGAACAGCAAAGAGAUUACUCAACGCAGUUAGAACACUUUCAGAUAUCUGCCACGCAACUGAAAACGUCUGUGGAACAUUGCGAAAGAAUUUUAGAAGGCAACAACAGUGUUGAAAUUCUUGAAGCGCAGCAGGGUGUCAUUGAAAGGUGUAAAGGUCUCCUAAAUGCGAAGAAAAUGAACAUUUAUAAACCAUCGCAUGUUCAAUACAAGACGCGUGAAGAGGAUAUCCAGAAUGUGAGACGCGCGUUUCUGGGUGAAGUUGUUGUUAGUACGACCGAUCCUCUGCAAUCAGUGGCGGAAGGGAAAGGCUUAAAAGAGGCAGAACCUGGACGAGAAGCUGGCCUAACAAUCACAACAAAGAAUUCAGAGGGACAACAGUGUUAUAACGAGAUCGAUCAGAUCGUUGUAAAAGUUCGCACCCCUUCAGAACAAGACCUCGACACCAACAUUGCAGACAACGGAGACGGCAAAUACAGCGUCACCUACACACCCGAAUGUGACGGGCAUCAUGACGUGGUGAUUGAAGUUAAUGAUCAACCGCUGACUAGUGGUCCAUGGAGUGUUCACGUGAAGCCGCAUCAUCAAUACCAUGCUGUAGGUUCUAUUGGAUCACGCGGUAAAGAACAAGGACAAUUUGAUCACCCCUGCGACAUAGCAAUAAAUGCCAAGACAGGGAACAUUGCGGUUGCUGACGCUUCUAAUAAAAGAAUACAACUUUUUAGCUCAGAUGGAAUCUAUUUGAGAGAGUAUGGUCAGAAAGGACUUAAUGGCAAGAAACUUGAUUAUCCCAUGUCAGUAACAUUUAAUAACACUGGUGACCUUACUAUCUGUGAUUCCGGUGACGUGUUCUGUUUCAAUGAAAGAGGUCAGUUCAUUAAAAAUUUCGUCAACGACCACUUGAUCAAAGCGGGAUACAUAAACACUGCUUUUGAUGGCCGCAUGCUGGUGUGUGACUGGAAUGACAAAACGGUCAAAGUCCUCUCCCCUGACGGUACAGAAUUACUACAGUCUUUCAGGGCUCCAGGCUGCAAUGAGUCUCCGUGGUUAGCUCUACGUCAUCGCGACAUGUUCUACGUCGCCUAUGGUUGGGCUCACUGCGUCAAGGUGUUUAACGCUGAAGGGGAAUUUCUAUAUGACAUUGGUACAACGAGGCCUGGUAAGCUGCACCGCCCUACUGGACUCGCUGUUGACAAGUUUAACAACUUGAUAGUCUGUGACGGUUUCAAUGUUGAAGUGUUUACGCUGGAAGGAAAAUUUGUAAGUUCGAUAAAAGGACAGCGCGCCCAGCUUCUACACCCUUUAGCUGUUGCUGUGUCAAACGCUGGACAGGUUUUCAUUACUGAUAUAGGAAAACACUGUGUUCAUGUUUUUGAGUGAACAACUAUUUGAGCUGUUUCGAUUUAGUCUAAGUAGUACGUCCCUCCAGAUAUCCCAACAUAAGGAUGGAAAGCGAUAAUUUUAGUACCAAUAAUUUUCUUGGCGCCUCUUGUAAACAUGCAGAUCUACCGACUCUUUCCACCGAAAACAAUUCCACCCACUGCUAAACAGAAAUUAACAAAGAAACACCCUAACACUGCAAUCACUGGCAAUUGGUAGAAGGUUUGUUCGUUAGUCUUCCACGUCACACCACUUUAAAAUCAGAGAAUUUCAAUGCAAAAUCCUAACUUGUAUUGUCUUUACGAAUGAGAAACUCAGUCGAAUUGGUGUGGUUGAAUCACCAAGCUGUACAUCCUGUCAAGAGGUUACGGAAUCCGUCGAGCAUUUACUUUCCUCCUGUAGCACAUCUUUCGAUUUUUGGAAAAACGUCUUAUCCUGGCUAAGGGAUAAUGAUGUUGGAACAAUCAAUGAGUCAGAUUUGAUCUCUGGAAAAUUUGAUAUUGUAAAUGACUAUUCAAUUAAUCACAAUGUUUUAUUAGGUAAAUAUUGUAACUACUGCAGGAGAUGUCUGAAUAGCUUACCUACACUAAGAGGUGUUAUAGCUAGAGCAAGUCGUGUAUGCAAUAUCGAGCUCCAUGUUGCCAGGGAGAAAAACAAGCUCCUUACGCAUUUUCAAACGUGGGAAAAGAUAAUUAAUGUAUUAAUAUAAUAGAUAACUCGACAGCCUUGAGUAGAGUAGCCAUUUUGUUAACUUUAAUUUGCUCAGUAGUAUCGCAUUUUCUUUUAUGACUUUUCUUUCUUAGCUUUGCUUGCUGAGUAGUUGUUCUCUUUGUUUUAACUUUUUUAUUUAUUCGCAUGUGUAUCAUAAUCAUCAAUGUUUGUAAUUAAAAUGGUCUUUAU